AUGGUUGUAGUGUCACAAACUAUUAAUGUCGAAAGUAUUCAAGAUCAGAUAGGAGAGUUCUUGGGUUUAAAACUAGGAGAAAAAGGUGAGAUGCUAAGAGCGAAUCGGUUAUGUGAUCGACUAAAAAGUGAGAAUAAGAUCCUUGUUAUAUUGGAUGAUGUAUGGGCCAAAAUUGAUCUUGCAACAAUCUGCAUUCCUUCAGGGGAAGAUCAUAAAGGUUGUAAAGUUGUCAUCAUCACAUGGCGUAGGCAGGUGUGCAUUGCCAUGGGCAGCAGUGUCCUAGCCACAAGAAUUGUCACUCUUGAUGUCUCAACUAAACAAGAAUCUUGGUACUUGUUUAAGUUAGAAACUAGUCAAAGAGUGCGGAGGUUUGCCUAUUGCUCUUGUGAUAGUGGGAAAUGCUGUGAGAGGCAAAGAUUUAUAAGAAUGGAAAGAGGCUACUCUAGAGCUCGAGAAAUCGAGGCCCACGAAUAUUGA